CACCGCUUUAUAAUUAAGUAAUAAAUUAAUCACUAAUUCAGUGAUUAAUACGCGUACAAAACGUCUGUACGAUACAUGAGUAUCAUACUUACCAAACUCUUCGUUAUAAUCAACAAGUAACUUACUGUGAUUUGUAAAAAACUCCAAAAUCCCUUAUUUCGUACAACCAACCCUGCUUGUAUAUAACCUUCACAAUAGUUACAUUAUAUUAUAUUUUUUUGUCGAAAUCAACCAACAAAUAUACUUUACAACAAAAGAGACGCGGCAUGUUUAUUUUGUUUUUUUGAGUAAUGUUGACAGUUGUUAUAUUAUCAAAUAUAACAACAUUUGUUUAUGAAGUAUUUAAAAAUCUAUCAAAUUUAAUGGAUUUUGUCAAAUUAUCACUUGACAUUAACGUUAUAAAAAUAUAAACAAACAAUGGGAGAUAUUCGUGCAGGUUUGGAAGAGUUGAAGCUUGAUGUUUCUCUUUUUGUUGGCGUUAAAUAUUACUUGAGUGGAAAAGUUGAUACAAAAAUUGUGUCAUUAUUGGAGAGAGGUGGUGCUGUAGCUUCAACCUAUUUUUCGGAUUUUGUAACACAUUUGAUUGCUGGUUAUGACCCUCGAGAAGAUGACUUAUCUGAGGCUCAAGAUCUUUAUGAAGUACCAGCUGUCACUCAAGAUUGGGUUAUAUUUUCAGCGAAAUGCAACAAAAUUCUACCAACGAAAUACUUUGCAGCCCACGAGGAUCAAUUAUUUUCUUCUGUUUGUGUCUGCAUAUCCGGAGUGAGUCAAAUUGACAGUAAGUACUUGUGGGCAAUGAUAAGCUUUCAAGGUGGAAAAUGUCAGCUGAACUUGAAUCGUUGUUGUACACAUCUUGUUACUGGCCGUGCAUCAGGAACAAAAUAUGAUGUUGCAAUGAAACAUCACAUGACAAUCGUAACACCUGAUUGGGUUGUUGAUUGUUGCAGAAAAAAACAGCUGAUCUUAGAAGCUGAAUAUCAUCCUCGUUUACUUUUAUCUACACCACCAUUAAGUUCAACUGCGCUAAUAACUGGUUUUAUUGAUGAAAAAGAUUUAAACGAUUCUUAUCAAGAUGAACAAGAACAGUCCAAAUCGUCAAUUGUUCAUGAACAGCUAAAGCAAAGGUUGCCUUGGAAUCAAACAAAUAACACUGUACCACAAAUGAUACCAUGUUCAAAUCCAAUGGUACAAACCCAAUCACAAGUACCUGUUACAGUAAAUCCAGGACAAAGUCGAGUUGUGCCUCUGGCACAAAUGUUACCCCAACAAGUUACAAGUCAAUUUCAACGUGAUUCAAUAUCAACAAACUAUCAAACUGCCGUAUCGACAUCAUCAAACCAUAAUUGGCAUAAUCAAGUAGUGUCGCAAGUUCUCGACACUUCGUCACAAGUUAACUCACAAAUACUACAACACGAGCAAUCAUCACAAGUUAAUGUUCAGUCGCAACAAGUUCUACAUCAUCAAAUACAACAGCAAGACAAUCAAUUAAAUCAACAGCACCAACAAAUACAAAUAAAUAACCAGAUUAAUCAGCAGCAUUCGCAAAUAAAUAAUAAUAUUAUUAAUAACAAUAAUAGUAACAACAGUAAUAAUAGUAAUCAUCAUCACCUUAGUAAUCAGAUUAAUCAACAACAGCAAUUGCAAAUAAAUAAUCAAGGCAACCAAAUUAACCCACAACAACAAAUACAAAUAAAUAAUCAAGCUAAUCAGAUUAAUCAACAACAGAUACAAACGAGUUUUCCUCAGCAAAUAAUUACAAGUCAAGCGUUGACACAAUCUAAUCAUCAGCUUGUUUCACAACAGCCAGUUAUUCCUCAACAACAACAACAACAACAACAACAACAAAACAUACUGAUUUCCCAGCAUCAGCAGGGCAAUGUGAUAGCUCAACAUAAAGGACAGGUACCUUUGCGAGAUAAUCCAUUGCAACAAGUUAUCUUACCGACACAAAUAAAUCAAGGACAAAAGCAACAAGUUAUUAUUCAACAAGGUCAGGUUGUUAAUCAACAAGGACAAGUUAUCAAUCAACAAGGGCAAAUUUUAAAUCACCAAGGACAAAUUAUUAACCAACAUGGAAUUAUUAAUCAGCAGUUAGUUCAGGGAGGAAUUAAUCAACAAUCUAAUAUACAAGUUCCGCUAGGAGUACAGCAGCUUGAGUUACAAAAUGUUACUCAAUCAACCAAUACUCAACAAAUCCCCCAGGGUCAACAACAAAUUGUUCAACAAAUUAAUCUUCAAUCUCAGUCUCAGCCACAACCUCACCAGAUUUCUCAACAACAGCCACAGCAGUUAACACCCGAACAACGUCAGCAAUUGCUUGUAAUACAACAACAUCAACAAUUGCAAGAGCAACAACAACAACAACAACAACAACAACCAUCUCAAGAUCAAAUACAACAAAAACAAUUAAAACAGCUGCAGUUACAGCAACCACCACCACCACAACAACAACAACAACAACAACAACAACAACAACAACAACAACAACAACAACAACAAGUCCAGCAGCAAAAAAUUCAACAAAUUUCUCAACAACUUCAACAAUCAGUACCUCAAUCAUCUCAACAAUUUAUCAUUCGAGACGGUCAACUUCAACAACAAGCACCUAAUCAAAUAAUGAAUCAAAAUUCACAAAGUUUUAUUGUUAAUCGUGAAGCUUGGCAACAACAGCAGCAACAGUAUCACUUACAGUUACAAAGACAGCAACAAUUAGGUCAGCAACGACCUCCUGGUCAAUGGACCCAACAACCACCACAACAGUCACGUCAACUAAUCCAGCUCGAUGCUCAAACUCAUCAACAAUUACAACAAAUGGAUCCCCAACAACGUGCCCAAUUCAUACAAAAAAUACAAAAACAACGUAGUUUUUUUGUUCAACGUCAAUUACAAUCCCGUCAAUCACAAGCACCUCAUAAUGCGAUUGUUAGAACACCAGGUCAAGCAGGUUUAUCGACAUUGCAAUGGGUAACACAACGUGCACCAACAAUACCUUCACAGAUACAAACAACAAAUAUUCCAAAGCCAAUAAAUCCUGGUGUACAACCACCAGCACUGACACCAAUCAAUGCACCAAAUUCAGUGUUAAUGCCAAUACAAGGACAGAAUCAAAUGCAAACUCAAAUUGUUCAAGGUCAAACUUUUCCAACAGCCUCGUUGACACCACAACAACUUGCCCAAAUACAAUUACAAAAACAGCACCAAAUAUUGAGAUUACAACAGCUUCAAAGAGAACAUCAACAACCGUUACAAGAACAAGAACAACAAAAGCAGCAAAUAAAACAACAAUCAACGCCAACAGUUGCUGGUCAACAAGAUCCACAACAACCGCCUCCACCGCCCACACCACAGACACCUUUUGCUACAUCAUUAUCAGGAAAUACCCAAAUAUCACCAGAUCAACAACUCGUUAAUGCUAAAACAAAAACAGCACUUGCAAAUAUGUUGACAAAUCGUUUACAAGGUGCAACUGAAGCCAGUGCAUCGGGACAAUUAAGAUUAAUGACUGCUCAUCAAUUACGUCAACCACCUCCAGCAUCACAAGAUCCAGCUUUACUUGCAGCUUAUCAACAACAACAACGUCGAUCACUUGGUAAUAUAACAAAUGGUGCAUCACAAAGUACAAUUAAAAUGCAAUACACUCAAAGUAUGCAGCAACCAAAAGCACAAUUUUAUGGACAUAAUCCAAAUUUAAAAUUGCCACCAGAUUUAUUUUUACUUGGUUGUAUAUUUGUUAUAAUUGAAUAUGAUGCACAAAGUUCAAAUAAUGUACAAACAUGGACACAAGUUAUUGAACGUCAUGGUGGUGAAGUUGAACCACAAUACUGUCAACGUGCAACUCAUAUAUUAUCGAUAACACAAAAAAAUCCAAUAGUACUGCAAGCAUUGAGAGAUGGUAAAAGAUGUGUUACUGCUCAUUGGUUAUCCGAUGUUGUUUUAAAACAAAAAGUUGUACCACCAUGGCAUGCAUUACAUUUUCCAAUACCAUUUAGUCUCAAUGAACUACCAUGUACAAAACAAAUAAUAUCAUACUCUGGUUUUGAAGGUGAUGAGCGUGCUAAAAUAAAAGAAAUGCUUGAUUUACUUGGUAUUAAAAGUACACCAUAUUUUUCACAUCAUAAUACGUUAUUAAUAUGUCGUAAAAAUGAAGGACAGAAAUAUAAAAAAGCUCGUGAAUGGCAAAUAAAUAUUGUCAAUGGACAAUGGUUAACCGAUUUAGUAUGCGGACAACUAAAUGUUAUAAAUCAAACUGAAUCAACAAAAUAUCAACAAUUUAAUUUGAGUAGUCCAUUUAGAAUUGAUUAUUCACUCGUACAAAAUUUAAUGGCUGCAUGGAAAUCGCCAAUAAAUAUAACCCAAGAAUCAUAUGAUAAAGUUAAACAAGUUGGUCAGGGACCAAACGCAAUUAUAAGAAAAUGUAAAAAACCAAGACUCGAUGGACCAUUAUUAUUAAAUAAAGAACCACACUUACUUGGUCUUGAUGAGCCAAUAACGAUUGUCAAUCUUGAACCACCAACACCAGAUAAACAACCGAAAAUAUUAUUUUCUGGUACGAAUCCAAUUAAAUAUGCUAAAAAAAUACGUGAAAUUGGUGGUGCACUUGCUGAAAGCUGGCGUGAUGCAACACAUCUUGUUAUGACCGGUUCAUUUAGAACAGUCAAAUUAUUGUGUUGUUUAUCAAGGUGUAAAUUUAUUGUUCGUGUACAAUGGUUAUUAGAUUGUUUUACUAAUAAUACCUUUGUUGAUGAAUCAACGUAUACACUUGGUGAUGCUGAAUUUGAAAAGAAUUUUCAUUGCAAUAUUGAAAAGGCACUUGCAAGUCCAAAUCGAGGCACGGUACUUAAGAAUAAAAUAAUUUAUGUGACGCCGAGUGUCGUACCAUCACCUUCAGCAUUUGCUGAAAUUAUUGAGAGUGCUGGUGGUGUUAUGGAAAAAACAAGGAGAUCCUUGGCACAAAUACAAGAAAUGAAUUCUGAAAAAGUGAAUUAUAUAAUAAUAACACAAGAAAAAGAUAUGCAUCUGCUAAAGGAUGUCCUUGAUGCUGAUAUCAAUAUUUAUGCUGCUGAAGCUAUAAUGCGGAUGAUCAGCCGUCAAGUCUUCCAACUUGAUUUGAAUUAAAUUACGAGUGUACUAACAAGUCUUGGUAAAAAAAAAAAACUAUUUAAUAAGAAAAAAAAACAUAAAAAAAUUAUUCGUAAGUAUAAUUAUAUAAUAAACAGAUACUACUUUUCAAAAUAAAACAUUUUUUUAUCACAAAGUGUAAAAACGAUGAUUACGUUGGUGGACAAUAAAUACAUACUUUUCUGGUAGGUGUUUUUGAAAUUAACAGAAAAAAAUUCCUAAACAUUAAAGACUAGAAAAAACAAAAA